AUCGUCAACAUUCGAUACGUUGUCGAUAGCUACAAGCGCCAGAGGAGCUGGACCACCCCGAAAUGGGUAAAGGACCUAUGCCCGCGGCAGGCAGCGCUGACAAGCGCUUCGUGAGAGGUGGCGCGAAGGGGAAGCCUUUCUGCUCUGCCUUCAAUUCGACGGGCGGGUGUAGAAAGCCCGCAGGAAAGUGCCCACACGAACAUCGGUGCUCGACGUGCAGGAGCGAAAAGCACAAUGCAAUGUCGCAUGGACGUUGGGCCGCUGCCUGAGAGCGGUAGUUGGCCAUAAACACCGGGACUCCGUACUUGCUGAGGCGAUGGAAGAUAUUAGGCCUCCGGCAAUGUCUGCAAUCUGACCGGUACCGUUAUGAUCAUGUCUACACCUCGCUGCAAUGUAUAUCAAUGCUCUUGCUGCCUUCCGGA